AUGAUCGGGCACCGUCUGGCAUUAUGGCGAUGGAAUAGGAGUUAUACAACAGCUGUUGCCAAUGCUGAUGUCGUGGUUUGUGGAGGAGGAAUAUCUGGAACCUCAAUUGCCUAUCAUUUAGCAAAACGGGGAAAGAAAGUUGCACUGGUUGAAAAAGAUUCGAUAGGAUGUUCGGGAGCCACUGGACUCUCCGCAGGGCUAGUCUCUGCACCGAUAUUUUGGCAGGAUACUAGUCUUCAGGCGAUCGCACAAGCCUCUCUCGAUCUGUAUUCUCAUUUGGCCAACACUUGUAAAUUUCGUAUGUCCUUUUCAGAUAAUUUUUUUAACUAUCAUUUUUGUUCAGGAUACGUUAAAUGUGGCAGAACAUAUCUUGCUUCUAGUAUGGCUAAUGAAAUACUUUUGCGGCGAAUGUAUUCGAGAGGUGUCGUGCAUAACGACAAAGUGGAAUUGCUUGAUUGCCAGAGUGAGAUGCUAGAGAGGUGGCCGUUUUUGCAAACUGAAGAUGUUCAGCUGGCCCUCUACUCUCCUGAAGAUGUCGCCCUGGAUCCUGUCGCUCUUUGCCAACAUCUCGCACUGAUAGCUAAAGACCAUGGUGCUCUGAUAUACGAAAGUAAUCCAGUUCUAGAAGUGCAUAUCGGAGAUGAAAAGCAGGUUUAUGGUGUUUCAACGAAGAUGGGAUUCAUUGAGACUAGUCAUUUUGUGGAUGCUGCUGGAAUUUGGGCUGGUAGUCAUCUUGUGAAAGCACUUCCUCACCAGCAUAUUCAAACAGCCGCUUAUCCAUGUACUUAUUCUUAUAUUCAUACCUCAAAGUUGCCUACUGGAUCGGUUAGUGAUAUGACACCUAUUUUCAAUGAUCUUGACGGAAACAUCAUGCUUCGAACAACCUCAUUCAAAACAUUGUGUGCUGGAUUCGCGGAAGAAAGUGUUCGACCACUAGCCAGGCAGACUGGUUCUGCUGCUCCGUGGCAACAUCCGGAACCGGAUUGGAACAUAUUUGACUCCAAUCUUGAGAAGCUCAUUUCACGGUGUCCGAUGCUUGGUGAUUGCAACCACGGUGACUUGAUUGUUGGAAUGGAAGCAUACACUCCUGACAAACUUCCGACGAUCGGUGAAAGUUCUCAAGCAAAAGGUUAUUGGGUCAUGUGUGGAAUGAAUGGUCAAGGACUAUCAUUGGCUGGUGGACUCGGAAAAAUUCUCGGAGAACUUAUGUGUGAAUCGCAGAGUUCCACGGCCGACGUCGCUCGUGUUGAUGUUGGAAGAUUCAUUGACUUACAUGCAAACAGUCAGUACUUGAUAGGAAGAACACCCGAAGUAGCUGCAUUGACUUAUUCAAAUCUAUACCAUUCCCAUCAGUGCCAUACGGCUAGAAAUCUACGCAUGGCUCCGAUUUAUCAUCAGUUGAGAGAUGCUGGUGCUAUUUUUGGAGAGAUUAUGGGCUAUGAGCGGCCGUUGUGGUUUGAAAAAACGCCAAAGUCAGAAAGGAAUGCAUUGAUGAGUGGACAAGAUUCUCUAGUUGGAAAACCAGAAUGGUUUGAAAGGGUCGCCAGUGAAUAUGAGGCUUGUCGGGAACGAGUCGGUUUAAUGGAUAUGAGCAGCUUCACAAAUAUGACAUUACGGUUAGGGCUCACAGUAACAAUAUCAUUCUUUAAUUUUCACUUGCAGGGGGAAGACGCUGUUGAGUAUCUUCAAUUCCUGUGCUCAGCGAACGUUGACGAACCGAUUGGGACAACAGUUUAUACAGGAAUGCAGCACCAGAAAGGUGGCUACGUCACUGAUUGCACUCUCAGUAGACUUGGUGACAAAAAGUUCUUUAUGGUUGCACCCACAAUUCAACAGGAGCGAGUGCUUGUCUGGAUGAAAAAAUGGCAAUCCAUUUUAAAAGCUCGGGUUCAUGUUCAAGAUGUCACUGGUGCUUACACUGCUCUUGAUCUGAUUGGACCAUCAUCUCGUUAUUUGAUGGGAGAUAUCACCGGAUUGUCCAUGAGCAGUAAUGACUUCCCGACGUUCAGAUGCCAGGAGAUCAAUAUUGGAAUGGCGACUGGAAUAAGAGCGAUCAGUGUUACUCAUUGCGGAGAACUUGGAUGGGUCAUAUACAUACCGAAUGAAGUGGCCCAGAAUGUCUACGAGAAAAUUCUGGAAGCAGGAAAGGAAUAUAGUCUUCAACAUGCUGGAUACUAUACUCUACGACAACUGCGUAUAGAGAAGUUCUACGUGUAUUGGGGACAAGAUAUCAAUGCGACUGUAACACCAGUAGAAUGUGGAAGACUCUUCCGAGUCGAUUUCAAGAAAGAUUUCAUUGGUAAGAAAGCACUCGAAGAACAGGUUGAACGUGGUGUGAAUAAGCGCUUCGUGCAAUUGCUUGUUGAUGGGCAUGAUAAAGAAACCGAUCCAUGGCCACAAGGUGGAGAAACUAUUCUCAAAGAUGGGAGACCUGUUGGUUUGACAACUUCUGCUGCAUAUGGAUUCACAUUGGGCUGUCAGGUUUGCAUUGGCUAUGUCGAAAACAAGGAGUUCGGAGUUUCGCCUGAAUUCGUCUCAUCGGGACAUUUCGAAAUCGAUAUCGCUGGAAAGCGCUUCACAUGUCGUCUCAACGUUCAUUCACCGUCACUUCCAAUGAUAUCCAGUGAACAUCCACUUCAUUACAGACCCACACAGUGA